AUUUCUCCGACUUUCUUUCUCUUUUAGCAACAGUAACCGGUACAAUGUCAUCGCCGCUGCAAUUUUCGCUUUCAUCUCAAACCAAAUUUGCUGCGCUUCCGCGUCUGUCAGUUCAAUCAAUGCCGUCUUUCCGUCCAAGUUACCACCUCGUCUCAUUCCGUUCCAAGAUCAGGCCUCUCUCCGUCAACCGCAACUUCGGGAAAAGUCGAUUUCUUACCGUCAAGGCAAAGGAAGAGAGCAAAGAGAGCACCGAACAGGAGACGGUGGAGAAACAGGAACCGGUAGUGACGGAUGAGGUAGGUGAAUCGAGAGUCGAGUUGAGCGAAUUGGGGGAGGAGAUCAAGAAGGCGAUGCAGGAAAGGAAGGAGGAGGCGGAGGGGAACAUUUGGAGCGGGGUGGCGGAGGAGAUAAGGCAGAUCGAGUGGCCGGCAUUUGGUAAGGUUUUGGGGACCACCGGUGUCGUGCUCGGUGUUAUUGCGGGAUCGAGUGUCGUUUUGCUUACUGUCAAUGCCGUUUUAGCCGAGCUCUCUGAUCGCGUUUUCUCGGGCAGAGGCGUUCAAGAUUUCUUUGGCUAAAGCUGCGGGGCAGCAAAUGAGAAUCUGACACCUGGCUCUGAAAAUAUCAUAGGUUUUAAGGACCUUAAUUUUGCAGUUAUUCUAAUUUGCCCCCUAUUAGUAAAUUUGUUUUGUUUUGUUCUGUUAGUGGCUGUCACUCAAAAUCAAUCAAAGAGAAGGUGCAAG